GGCACGCUGACAUUUCCAUCAGCAAUUUGAAAGCUCAAGUUCCAAGGUUUGAAAGAAAACAUGAAGACCUUGUUUGUGAUCACCAUCUGCUCUCUUGCAGCACUGGUAAUGUCCGAGAUGUGCCAACAUAACGAUGAUUGUUCACAUGUUAUCUGUGAUAGCGGAUAUGACGUCAUGUGUCAGGCCGGCCAGUGCACGUGCAACCCGUCACAUGGUGGUGGAGGUCACGGACAUGGAUCAUGCGUAACCCAGGCCGACUGUUCAACACAGCACGCACAUUGCUCCUCAGGGUGGCAUUGUGUGGAUGGACGCUGCAUGUGCAGACAUCACUAAAAGAUAUCAUAGUCAGCAAA